CGGAACGACCUUAUGCAUUUCUCCAUGCGCAUCAUGCCACAUGAUUCAUGCGUGCAACGGAACGCACUCAUAGAGAAAUAGCCUUACUCCAUUGGUAAAAACGCAUAUAAGAAUACUGACAAUGGCUUUGACAUGGACUGACAAAUACAAACUUAUUACCAGAAAUCUGGCAGAAUGGUUAGGAGAUGAAAAACUCAAGAGUAUCCUGAAGACACGUGAUCUGAAGCUAUAUUGGGGCACAGCUACAACUGGAAGGCCUCACAUUGGCUAUUUCGUCCCUAUGUCCAAGAUAGCUGAUUUUUUACGGGCUGAAACUGAAGUGACAAUUCUCUUUGCAGACCUUCAUGCAUACUUAGACAACAUGAAAGCACCCUGGGAACUUCUCGAACUUCGUACACAAUAUUAUGAAGCUGUGAUCAAAGCAAUGUUGAAGUCAAUUGAUGUACCAUUGGAUAAACUAAAAUUUGUCAAAGGCACAGAUUACCAAUUAUCCAAGGAAUAUACAUUAGAUGUAUAUCGUCUAAGUUCGUUGGUAACAGAACAUGAUGCAAAAAAAGCAGGUGCAGAAGUUGUCAAACAAGUUUGUAAUCCAUUACUAUCAGGCCUUCUUUAUCCAGGUCUGCAAGCACUCGAUGAGCAUCAUUUGAAAAUUGAUGCACAAUUUGGUGGCGUUGAUCAAAGAAAAAUUUUUACUUUCUCAGAGAAAUAUCUACCAAUGUUGGGUUAUGAAAAACGUAUUCAUCUGAUGAAUCCAAUGAUUCCCGGCUUAGCAGGUGCUAAGAUGUCUUCAUCCGAGGAUGAUUCUAAGAUUGAUUUAUUAGACAAUCCUGCAACAGUGAAGAAGAAGCUGAAGAAAGCAUUCUGUGAACCCGGGAAUAUUAUAGAUAACGGAAUUUUGUCGUUCUCAAAACAUGUUAUAUUUCCAUUAUUCAGAGAUAACGAAGUUUUCAAUGUACAAAGAACUGCAGAAUUCGGUGGCGAUGUAUCCUAUUCCAAAUACGAGGAUUUGGAAGUUGCUUUUGCAAAGCAAGAGAUACAUCCUGGUGAUUUAAAAAAUGCCAUAGAGGUGUAUAUCAAUAGACUUCUUGAUCCAAUAAGAAAGGAAUUUGAAGCAAACACAAAGUUGAAAUCGCUUGCAAACAAAGCUUAUCCUGUACAGAAACAAAAAAUUGUGGAGAUAGAAAUUACUCCUGCGAGGUUGGAUAUCCGAGUGGGUAAAAUAGUCGAAGUAAAGAGACAUCCCGAUGCAGAUUCGCUAUAUGUCGAGAAAAUAGAUUUAGGUGAAUCAAAUGGUCCACGUACCAUAGUUAGUGGCUUAGUUAAUUUCGUACCUCUGAAUGAGAUGGAAAAUAGAAUGGUAGUAGUCCUCGCUAAUCUGAAACCAGCAAAUCUCAGGGGAAUUUUAUCGCAUGGAAUGGUUCUAUGUGCUUCAGUUGAAGAACCAACGAGGCAAGUAGAACCUUUAAGACCUCCGAUAAACAGCAUUGUGGGUGAUAAAAUUGUUAUCGAAGGAUACGAAGAUGGAGUUGCUGAUGAUGUGUUAAAUCCAAAGAAAAAAGUGUGGGAGAAGCUGCAGGCUGAUCUUGUGGUGAAUGGAGAUGGCGUAGCUUCUUGGAAUGGAAAUCUGUUACUCACUUCGACGGGCAACAAGAUAACAUGUGACACACUUAAAAACGUUCCGAUUAAAUAAUUUUAUCUGUCGUUUAUAUCUAUCUUUAUUAUAUCUUUGACCAAUUAUGAUUUUUGCUACUUUUUAUUAUUUGUAUUUUUUGUGAGCUUGUUUUUAUUUUUUCAUCAUUUAAUAUACAAGCAUAUAAAAAUAAAUACAUUAAUCUAAAAAAUUUAACUGGAUCAACAAAUGUAUAAAUAAAUAAAUUCAAGAAACAAAUUGGUUGAAUUUAUCUCGAGAAUAAAUUUGAAAAUAGGAAAUGAAAUUUUGUAAUUAUUUGUUUCUCAAAACAGUUUGGUAUCAAAUUUUUAUAGCUUUUCGUUUAUAGUUGACCACUUUGUUCUUAUAUGUUAUGGUAAUAAUUGUUAAAUUUGUGAUCAUUUAAAAUUUGUGAUAUUUAUAUAAAUUUAAAGCAACUAAUUAACAAAAAAUUCUAACAUAUUUUUUGUAUUUUAAGGAGAGAAGAUGCUAACAUCACAACACUUCCUUUUUUUAUCCUAAUCUUUUUACGAAUGGAUAGGAACAAUAAAUUCGGGAGUACGGCAAUUAAAUUAUCAUUAAAUUAACACUUAAUUAUGGCAUAGAUUCGAAUAUUUUCUUUUUAGUGGUAAGGAUUUCAGCUUUAUAGAGAUGAAACUUUCAUUGUUCUAUAUGGACAUAUGUUCAUUUAAAAAAAUUCAAACAAAUUUAAAAACAAAUAACUGUUAUCAAUUUUUUGAAAUAUUAGCAAAAAUUUAAAAGACCUUAUCAUAAUUACUCUAAUAAAAGAUUAUAUAAAGAUCAUAGUAGGAUGUAUAAGAUAUGAUACUGAAAUAGAUGGUCCCACUUUGGUAAUGUAUUCUAUUCUUCUUAAAAAUAAAAAAAUGUCAUAUAAAUAUAUAGGUUCGGACAUUUCCUUUUGACAAUAUAAAUAUAUUUUGUUCGCAUUGAAAGUUUUCAUGAAUAUCUGUCUCUUAUUCAAUAAAUGAAAAAAUGAAAUGAAG